AUGCUCUCGACGCUGCUCUGGCUUGUUCUAGCGCUCGUAGUCCUCGUGACACAGAGUUAUACGAUCGUAAUACAUUUCCUACGUCUCUUAUUGCAUACAUAUUUUCGCAAGAUUGUGGUCUAUGGCCUCAAUAACUUUCCACGUGAAGGACCUGUCAUUCUAUGCCCAAACCAUCCCAACAUGCUCGUAGACGCUAUCCUUGUCAUGACAGAGGUAGUUCGUUACGGCCGCAACCCUUAUGUAUGGGCCAAGGGAUCGCUAUUUAGCAACCCCAUUGCUUCGUUCGUCCUCAAGAGGUUUGGUGCCGUUCCGGUGUACCGCCCCCGACGCAAUGAGAACUCUCUUGCUGACGUGGAUUCAGACAUGACCCCCGAGGAGCUGGAGGCAGCCAAUCGCACCAUGUUUCAGUACACGUGGCGUGUACUUGAUGGUGGCAACGUUAUGGUGCUCUUUCCUGAAGGAACGUCGUACACUGCACCAAAGAUGUUGUCAUUGCGCACGGGUGUUGUGCGCGUGGCGAUAGGUUUUGCUAAACAUUAUGACAAACCCAUCCCAAUCGUCCCUCUUGGACUGAAUUACUUCAACAAGGAUCACUUCCGGAGCCAAGUGACGCUGGAAUUCGGUCCGCCCAUGAUAAUUACGCCCGAUAUGGUGCAACACGAAGAUUUUCAGAACGAUGAACACACUGUGGUAAAGCAUUUGACGCUUGAGUUGGGGGAGCGGAUGCGCGACGUAACCUUGAAUGCCUCUGAUUUCACCACCAUCCAUGCUGCGCGAAUGAUGCGACGGUUGUAUCUGAAUACACCGGGAACCAUUGAUGCAAACAAAGAAGUCCGGUUGACUCAAUACAUUAUUAACAUGCUGGAGAAAAAGCCACAAGAUGACGAGCAAAAGGAGCAAAUUGCAAUGAUUCGUGACAAGGUUUUGCGGUAUAAAGAGCAGUUGGAAAAGUUGCGGCUGAAAGACCAAGAAGUGAAUUUGCCAGUGCCAAAAGAGCAAUCGCUUUUGCAGCUCUUUUUGGAGCGGAUCAUGUACUUACUUGUGCUAAUCCCACUAGCCACACCCGGUCUGUUGCUGAAUUUCCCCUACUAUUUUAUUGGAACAAAGAUGAACAGUCUUGCAGGAUUCGUGGAAUCUAAAUCGAUGUUCAAGAUCUUUGCUGCCGGUGUGUUGGUGCCUCUACAUUGGGUCUUACUGUUUCUUGCAACCUGGUAUUUUCUCGGGUCUUCCUAUGCAUACACGCUGGCAGUGGGGUUGCCGCUGCUGCUUUACUCGCACAUUCGUGUGCUGGAAGAAAGCCGGUCCAUUGCCGAAAACGUCUACUUUCUCUUUAACAUUACGGCACAUGCCGAUCAGGUCGCAGUGCUUCGAAAAGAGCGUGAAUUGCUUGCGGAAGAAGUACACGAGUUGGUGACCGCAUACGUGGAUGCCAAGUUUCUCUCGGCCGUUCACAAGUCCCUCGCCAGUUCGCCUGCAAAACGACGGCUGCUUCAUCGUUCCUCUUCUACUAGCGACACCCUUCUUGCGAGAUGA